AUGAUAUUAAGACGGUUCGCCAUAAGGCAGGCGCGCACCUUUGCCCAGAACAGCCACCAACGACCCUUUCAGUCUCGAUUUUUGUCCAACCAAGUUCCUACCGAUACCAUUCCUGUGGCCGAGGCGGAAGCGAGUGGAUCUAUUCAGACCAAAAAUGUCAGCCCAGAAGUAACUGUUCCGCCAGCAAUGGCUCAGUACAGGUCCGGUGUAGUUAACAAGAAUAAAUUCAACCAACUUGGAUCUGAUAUCAGAAACAAUUAUCGACCUGAAGACCUAAUCUCCAAUCCUCCCAGGGCUUCUGAUGUCACGCUCGAACUGCUUCUCGCUUCUCAGGCCCACAUCGGACAUUCGACUUCUCUCUGGAACCCCGGAAACUCGGGCUAUAUACAUGGCAUUCGCGAAGGAGUUCACAUAAUCUCUCUCGAUGUUACUGCGGCCCAUUUACGACGAGCAGCUAAGAUCGUUGAAGAAGUCGCUCGAGUAGGGGGUCUGAUCCUAUUCGUUGGUACGAGAAAGGGCCACAAACGGGCUGUUGUGCGUGCCGCAGAAUUAGCACAAGGUUGUCAUGUCUUUGACCGCUGGGUUCCCGGGUCUCUCACCAACGCUCUGCAGCUGUUGAAUAAAUGCGAAGUUAAACUCGUUGAUGCUCUUGAUAGAACUGUGGAUCAUCCCGAAUUCCAGGGAGUUGACAUCGAAAGAGCUCCAUUAAAGCCGGAUUUGGUGGUCUGCUUUAAUCCUCUAGAGAACAAGCCUUUGCUCCAGGAAUGUGCUACCAUGAAUAUUCCUACUAUCGGAGUUAUCGACACUGACGCUGAUCCGACCCGAGUCACCUAUCCUAUACCCGCAAAUGACGACAGUCCCCGAUGUAUAAGUGUUAUUGCGGGCGUCCUGGGGAGGGCCGGAGAAAGAGGACAGCAAGAACGGUUGAAACAGUCGGCCGCUGGAAAUUUACCUUAUGAGCCUAUCCAUCUCAAGUCUGAGUCCUUGGAAACUACGGAGGCCUAG